GCGAGGGGCCGCGCGGUUUCCCCGGGCCUGGAGCGCGUCCAGGAUGGCUGAUGCAGAGCAACAGUGAUAAAGGCGGCGAAGCAUCUUGAGUCCACGUCGCUGACUCGUGGGGAAGGCUUUUCGCAGGCUGGACACCGUUCAGGGCCCGGCUCCUUCCUGUAUUUCCGGCGCAGCCGCGGCGAAUCUUGAGGCUCAACUUCAUAGAUUAUAAAACGGGGAGAAUGGGCGUUCUUGCCAGGCCGGACCUCCCUUCUCAGGACCGUUGAGUGCUCUACUCGGAAAAUGGAGUCAAGGCUACUUUGUGAACCUCAGAGUGAUGUAAAAAUGGUGUUAUUGUUGGAAAUCGGGUGUAGAAGCGCCAGGAAUGGAAAGCUUAAAUGUAUUGAGGGCUUGAGAGAACACAGGUGAAUCAGGUUCUCUAAUGAUCUUGCUUCACCAUGGCUACAAAUAUGGAGGGGCUGGUUCAGCACAGAGUGGGGACCCAGCAGGUGGCUGAGGUACCACGUACACAGACUUCUCGGCCAGAAUCUCCAGGGAUGACCAGCCCCUCCCCACGCAUCCAGAUAAUCUCCACGGACUCUGCGGUAGCCUCACCUCAGCGCAUCCAGAUUGUGACAGACCAGCAGACAGGACAGAAGAUCCAGAUAGUCACCGCAGUGGACACCUCUGGAUCCCCCAAGCAGCAGUUCAUCUUGACCAGCCCAGAUGGAGCUGGAACUGGGAAGGUGAUCCUGGCUUCCCCAGAGACAUCCAGUGCCAAGCAGCUCAUAUUCACCACCUCGGACAACCUCGUCCCUGGCAGGAUCCAGAUCGUCACAGACUCUGCUUCUGUGGAGCGUUUGCUUGGGAAGGCUGAGGUCCAGCGGCCCCAGGUGGUAGAGUACUGUGUGGUCUGUGGGGACAAAGCCUCUGGCCGUCACUAUGGGGCUGUCAGUUGUGAAGGCUGCAAAGGUUUCUUCAAAAGGAGCGUAAGGAAAAAUUUGACCUACAGCUGCCGGAGCAACCAAGACUGCAUCAUCAAUAAGCACCACCGGAACCGCUGUCAGUUUUGCCGGCUGAAAAAAUGCUUAGAGAUGGGCAUGAAAAUGGAAUCUGUACAGAGUGAACGGAAGCCCUUUGAUGUACAGCGGGAGAAACCAAGCAAUUGUGCUGCUUCAACUGAGAAAAUCUAUAUCCGGAAAGACCUGAGAAGUCCUCUGAUUGCCACUCCCACAUUUGUAGCAGAUAAAGAUGGAGCGAGACAAACAGGUCUUCUUGAUCCAGGGAUGCUUGUGAACAUCCAGCAACCUUUGAUACGUGAGGAUGGUACUGUUCUCCUGGCCACAGAUUCCAAGGCUGAAACAAGCCAGGGAGCUCUGGGCACACUAGCAAAUGUAGUAACCUCCCUUGCCAACCUAAGUGAAUCCCUUAACAAUGGUGACACUUCGGAAGUGCAACCAGAGGACCAGUCUGCAAGUGAGAUUACUCGGGCAUUUGAUACCUUAGCUAAAGCACUUAAUACCACAGACAGCUCCUCGCCUCCAAGCCUGGCAGAUGGGAUAGACACCAGUGGAGGAGGGAGUAUCCAUGUCAUCAGCAGAGACCAAUCCACACCCAUCAUUGAGGUUGAAGGCCCUCUCCUUUCAGACACUCACGUCACAUUUAAGCUAACAAUGCCCAGCCCAAUGCCAGAGUACCUCAAUGUGCACUACAUCUGUGAGUCCGCAUCCCGCCUGCUUUUCCUCUCCAUGCACUGGGCCAGGUCAAUCCCAGCUUUUCAGGCACUUGGGCAGGACUGCAACACCAGCCUGGUACGGGCCUGCUGGAAUGAGCUCUUCACCCUCGGUCUGGCCCAGUGUGCCCAGGUCAUGAGUCUGUCCACUAUCCUGGCGGCCAUCGUCAACCACCUGCAGAACAGCAUCCAGGAAGAUAAACUUUCUGGUGACCGGAUAAAGCAAGUCAUGGAGCACAUCUGGAAACUUCAGGAGUUCUGUAACAGUAUGGCAAAGCUGGAUAUAGACGGCUAUGAGUAUGCCUACCUUAAAGCCAUAGUUCUCUUUAGCCCCGAUCAUCCAGGUUUGACUAGCACAAGCCAGAUUGAAAAGUUCCAAGAAAAGGCACAGAUGGAGUUGCAGGACUAUGUCCAGAAAACCUACUCAGAAGACACCUACCGAUUGGCCCGGAUUCUUGUCCGCCUGCCAGCACUCAGGCUGAUGAGCUCCAACAUAACAGAAGAACUUUUUUUUACUGGUCUCAUUGGCAAUGUUUCGAUAGACAGCAUAAUUCCCUACAUCCUCAAGAUGGAGACAGCAGAGUACAAUGGCCAGAUCACCGGAGCCAGUCUAUAGUGCACACCACACACCUGCUGAGGAGCAGAAAUGGCCUCCUGGGACCGCUCAGAGAGAAAGAAAAUGGAAGUAGUAGUAUUUUGGUAUGUGCAAAUAUUUCCAGUAUGUCCAUCAUUUCCUACCUGGUUCCUUCGUAUCUGUUAAAUCCCAGGCCAUAGCAACUAAAAGACUAGUAGGAUCCUUUCCUGCCAUAAGAAAUGUUUUAAUGCCUUUUGAUGAAGCAGAUUUUGGAACAAUCUUUUAACUCAAUUUGUAUUUAGAAAUUCUCAAAGGGCAAAAAACAAAGUUUUAUAAUGUCAGAGACUAGGAUUAAAACUAAAAGAACCUAAGAAAACAGUAUGUGUGUGUAUAUAUUAAAAAUGUCCUUGGAAUUAAUAGCUACUAAUUACCAGGGUAAUAUUAGCACUUUCUAAGCACUUCUUACCGAUACGUAAUGUUAGCAACAUCUUGUCUAUGUGCAGGGCAAAUGGAAAACAGUAUACGUCUUUUGCCGAAAUGCUAAUAAUUUCUGUGAAAAUGCAAUAGGGUAUAGGAGACAAUCAUUUAUGUUUAAGAAAAGGCAUCAUUCCUAAUUAUAUGCAUACUUUGGUGGUAUUGAACUGAAUUCCUGUGAGCAAAUGAAAAUGUGGCUUAUCUGUAUCAUGCAGUAAGUGGGAGUGUGCUAGCACAGUUGGUGGUGACCCAAACCAAAAGCUUCCUCAGUCAAAGAGCUGAUGCUUGUCAGAUUCCCUGGUCUCUGGUCCUGGUCUGACAGGCAUCUUCAGGCUCCUCAAAACCUCAGGCAUCUUCGGGUGCCUGAUUCUCAGAAUUGGAUUGCAACCAGUUAGACAUUAAUUGCCAAUUCCUGCAGCAAUUAACAUCCCCAAAUUACCUCCACUAUGGCAGAUGGAGCUUUCUGACCAAAAAGUGCAAUUCAGCAUUUUGAACCCUUGACAGUAGUACUUCCUGAAUACAAUCUGGGUGGCUGCAGUUUUCAGAUGGAGGGACAUGGCCUUCCUGGAGUGUGAGGGUUCCUCUCUGGGAUUUCUAUUCCAAGUGACUCUAUGGGCCUGUGUUCCUGCAGUUCAGAACUACUAUGGGGGUGGAGUAUGUGUACAGGAUCUUGCUUCCUGGCUAGGGCAGUGGUGGUGAAGCUGAAUGGAAGGGUUCUCUGUUGACCUUAAAUAUCAGGGUUUUCCAAAAUGUCUCCAGAUCCAGUAUCUCUGUUGGCAAGUUUUUGAAUGGCACUGGCCCACCGUGCACUUUGAUUCCCCUAGGUGUGUGCCAGCAAAAACCCUGGAGCAUUUAGGUAACGGAUGCAGAAGCAGGCUGCCUGCUCCUUAAAAAAUAACCCUUAAUUCCCACUUAUCUCCUUUCUCAUAACUUAGAGCAACCAUCGUAUACAAGGACAGAAUAUGGUUAUAAGGAAGUUCUAUCUAGAGAAGUGCACCCAUAAAUUCCCAUGGAUGAGUUGCAGUGAGUAUUUCCUUUGGGAAAAGUGGUGUGCCCAAGACUGAGUCAAGUACUUUGCAUUUUCUUUUUUGUGUAUAUCAGAAUAAGCAACUACAAUGUAAGGUUAAGCUUGCAUCUCUUUAAUCUUUUGAUCAGAUAUCCAAAAAGAUCCCAAGGCACUCCCUGGUCUGGCUCAGGCCCUUAGUCAUAGUAGGCACUUCACAAGAUGUGCAUGGGUGUUGGGCAAGCCAGCCACAGGCUUACAGCAAAAUGGGAUGCUUUAACCUGAAGUGUUAGCAACACUUUAUGAAAGUCAUUAUUGAGGAUUAAGUGGGAACAGUUCAAUUCUUUUAUCACUUCUAGUUCAUAUCUUGCAAGCAAAUUUUGGAGAAUAGUGAAGGGUGCCCAUUAUAAAAUGAUGGAAAGGAUAAUGUCACCAUCUUAAAUGUUUGGUUUUCUAACUUUGAGUGAUUUAAAUUUUAAAAUUAAGACCAAAAAUUGGCCAAGACAAAUGGAGUUAGGGCAGGUUUGUAUCAUUUCUGCUUCUGAAGGAUUUUAGCAGAGGGCAUUUUGAAGCAUGUUCAUGCAUCUUACACAGCUAAUUGUCUAUUUUUCUCUUUUUAAAUAUAAGCAUGUUUGUUGAUCAUAGAGUGGCUCCCUGAAAAUAUAUAUUGUGUUACAUCUUUCAGAUCUGAGUUCUGUGUUGGUGAAAAGGUCCGCACUGGCCAGCUCCCGCAUUCCCAGGGGCGGCCCUGUGGAGUCCUGUAUCUAUCAGGCUUUAGUCUCUGGUUGCCUUAAGAUAUUGGGGCAGCUUAGCCAAGACCUAGGCUGCAGUCCUGACAAACCCACUGCUUAGAUAGGUUGGGAAGAGAAGGUGAUAAUCAGAAGGAGGGCAGUGAACACUUGGAUAGGGAAGUGUCAUACCCCUAGCAAGAUAGCCCCUGAGAAAAGUCAUGUUAGUUAGGAGGCUGCUGGUUCUAACCUGGUCCUUUUCCUUGAGUCCCUUUGCUGCUGGUGGCUGAUUUCAAUGGACCAUUUUGGGGUUUAUGCACUCCUCAGUAGUUUCCCAUAUCCUCUUGGCCUUACUCUGAAGUGGCCUGUUCCUUCAGGAUCGGGUCCCACACAACCUGAAUUGUCACUGCCCCAAGUCAUUUCAAGUUUUUUACAGGUCUAUUCCAUCUCUUGUCAGAUUGGUUAAAAGAAGCGCAAAGUCAAGAUUAUUUAAAGGGAUCCUAAGCUGAUAUUUGGGCUCAACUUUCACAAGGCUUUCAAACUCUAGAUUUAGUGAAGUAGACCAGACCUCUGCCUGCUGAAUCUCAGUGAAAUAAGGUAGGAGUUAAAUUCUUUGCCAUGUAGCUAUUCACACAUACCCUUCUGCUGACUUAGCCAGUCCUCCCUCAAUGGGGGAGGCUACACUGGCUAAGGGAGGUGGGGACAGACAUACACGGUUGCUUUGUGGCUCUUUUCCAGUGGUAUCUCAGAUAAUGUUGGACAGUUAUGUAUAGUUGAAAUUUGUGGAGUUCUUUAUAUAUAUAAUAAUAAAAAAAAGGACAGGAAGAGACUUAGAAAAAGACCAAAUUACUCAUGCAAAUAAUACUUUCCAAGUUAUUCCUGGAGAGUAUUUUUAAGGCAGUAUGUUACCGCCUUUCUAAUUUGAGAUUUUUGUGUUUAUUGGGGAUUACAUUAUUUAUUGUCUAAUCUCUGUGGUUGGGGUUCUUUUUUGGUUUUUAUAUUUAAUUUCAGGUCUAGUCACUUGUAAGAUGUGUUAUAUAAUAUCCCUCGAGGGAUUUUCUAGCUUGUCAGUGUCAGUAUUAAAUGUGGACUCUGUUUUGAGGCAGUUGCCACCAGUCAUGGUGAUAGCAAUGGACAUGUCUACUCUACGCUCCCAAAUGUAUAGCAACACACUAUAGCUUACUUAGCAGUUUUGCUUGUUUGGGGGACAGCCAUGGCAGGGAGCCAAGAAUUAGAAGGUUCUCAGGCUGUAUCUACUGCUUCUAUUCUGGGAAAAUCACAUCCUAAUCCUUUGGGGUAGUUUUCAGCAGAGUAGUCUCACUCCCUGCCCGCACUCUGCCUGACAAGCAGCCCUUUGCUGUGGAUCUAAGUACUGUGACCUGGUUAGAUUAGAGUUAGGAAGUACGUGGCCUCCUUUUCAGUGGAAAUUGCCUUAUGUGCAAUGGAGCUAUAGGUGGGACAUUUGAACCCUUCUCUGAGCCCAGGUCAUGAAAAGUGUCAUCUUCUGACAUUCACCUUUAACUUGGGAGGUCAGUGCCCUUCAGAUCCUGGAAAGUCUGAUCAGGCAGGGCAGGUGACCCAUGCUUUUGUCCCAUAUCCAUUCCCUAGAUUGCAGGCUCUUUGAAAAUGUUUAACUUCGAUGUGAAUUUGUAAUUGAAGACGGAGUGGGUUUGGAUCUCUUGUACACAGGGCUUUGGACCUCCCCAUGUGCCUCCCACCAGUGUGGCACAACUGUGUGUCUAGCCCUGAGCUCCCCUCAGCACAUUGUGCGUGUACAGAUUACCGACUUGUAUGACUAAAUGAAUGUACAUGUGUUUAUAUCUUCUAUAUAUGUACAGUGUAUAUAUAUAGUGUGUAUGUGUACAUAGGUGUAUAUUAUGUAUACAGACAUGUAGCCACAUAUCCAAACUCUCCUUGUUUUAAAGAGAAUCUAUGAUAAGAGUUACUAAAUUGAUGUGGGUACUCCAAGAUCCCUCAGCAGGAUGGAUUUGCCAAGAUUUUAACUCCAUUUUCCUUUGGGUGUGUCUGGCUGAGGAAGGCCAUGAAGUUAAAAUGUUCACUUUGUACCAGGGCAAGUUCCAGACAGAAAGGUCCUAACAAUGACAUUGCUAUGUAUUCUCUAGUGUGAGACAAUGGCUAGGAAGCUGGAAGACAGUUUAUACUAACGUCCAGAAACUAGGUGCGGAUCUUUAACCUAGUUGUCACACACCUCUUUAUGGCCUAACUGGAAGGAACUUGGUAGGUCAAGCUGUGGGCCUUCCCUGGACUCAUUGUCAUGUGAUCAGUUUCAGAAUGGUCUGUGUCAUGGGGCCUGGCUCCCAAUUUUCCCCACUUGCUCUGGACUCAGUCUGCAGAUGGUGGGCACUGCACUGUGGCUAAAAAAAUUCCCAUCUAACGCAAGUUGGGGGAGGGGGGGGGGAGGCAACCAACCAAGUAUUCUUUAAAAAUAAGCAUAAUUGUUGAUGGCUAACUUUAUGGCAUAAGUUACAAAUCUUAAAUUACUUCUCCAACUGUAGCAUGCAAAUGAAAUCCACUGACUUUCUCUAAAUUAUGAUUUUAAAAUCUCAGAUAAAAAUUGCAUUUUAAUAUGGAUAUGCAUGCCCUUAAAGCUACAGAUGCCAAAUGUCCAGCUCUACUCUGGUGAAUUUUCCCCAAGUCGGACUUUAAACUGAAACACAGCACUCGGGAGCCAGGCCCCAGCCCAGCUAUAGUUGCUCAUGGACCUGGUAAGCACAGGGGCCUGACUAACGGGAAGGCUGAAAGCUGGCCUGCUGAAAGAGAUCUCUGGAUAACUGCAAAAACAUAAUCCACAGGUGGUGGUGGUGGUUUUUUUUAAUCUAUUGAAAUGUUUGAAAAACACUUCAUUGAGACCAUAGUACUCAGUGCCUUUUGUGAGACUGGGCCAUUCAGCCUCCAGCUUCCCCAUCUGUGAUGUAAAGCUCCUGUUGCUUCACUGGCUGCCCAGCAGUGAUUGUCACCUUCCCCAUGUCCUUGCCUGUCGUGACAAUCACUAUUGAAGGUAGCUUUCCAAUUCGAAUAAUACAAAUGGAAGCUUGACAGUCUCUAAGUGAAUCUUUAAAAUAAAACUUUUCAUUUGGGGCUAUUAGCAGCAAUCUAAAACUAAACAGUUUAAAGGGAAAGUCUGAGAUAUUUUUAAUGCCCAGCUAUACUUUCGAUUAAGCCAAUAAUUUUGGUGUUUGAAAAUGUAUACUAUAUAUAAUAGAAAAAAAAGUGCUAUAAAAAAUGCUGAAAAAAUGCUCAGCAACAUUUACCAAUUGUCAGGUUGUGGUAAAGCUUAAUAUUUGGAUAACAUUUGGAAAUAGACUUUACAUGAAAAAUAAAUGGCUUUUCUCUAGGAAAGUAUAAUCAGUUGUCAUUUUAACAACAAGAGCAUUCAUGGACUCAAAUGCUGCUGCCACGUACAACUCAAGUGCUGGAAUAUUUUUCUAUAUCCUCCCAAUUAUCUUGUAAACCAGUGUUCAACUAGUUUUAUAACUGAAAAGCUGCACAUUUUUCAUAGUACAAACCAUAGUUUUUACCUGUAGUUUGGAACUGUUAAAAUGUAGCUAAGUAUUACCAGCCCUUUUAAAAGACAUUAAAGGAAAACUUGGGUGUUAGAUUUUCUUGGGACCGUUUCUGUACCCUCUGCCCUUCUCAAUAUAGAAAAUAUUGUCUAUGCCAUUACAUUUUAAUUCCAGGUUUAAAACCUGUUAAAAGCUGUAGCUUGAAAUCAGCUUUAUGUGAUGGCAUUUAAAAUAGCAUGUUCUUUUUUAAUUGAAUUUUAUAUCUAAUCAAUGUCUUCAGUCUUGAAGAAGAAUUUGCAUUGUUGUGUUUGUAUAUAGAGUAUUGCAGUGCAUGAAUUAGCUUUAUGCAUUUUAUUAAAUGCUGUUUCAAUGUGGCAUUGUUGUGGCUUAAUACUACUACCUAAAUGAGGUUUAUACUAUUAAAAGUUAAUUAAAGACUAA